AUGCCCAAAAGAAAUAAACAAACAAGAGCAAAACUCUAUCUCAAAAAAAAAAAAAAAUUGUCAAGUUCCUUCUCUUCAAUUCUUUGCCAUCGUGAUGUGUGCUUGACUCUGCUUCUUGCCACAUCUUCUCAGAAGACUUUCAGGAUUAAGCGAUUCCUGGCCAAGAAACAAAAGCAAAACCAUCCCACUCCCCUGUGGAUUCAGAUCAAAACCGGUAAUAAAAUCAGAUAUGACUCCAAAAGGAGACAUUGGAGAAGAACCAAGCUGGGUCUAUAAGGAAUUGCACGUGAGAUGGUACACAUAUUUAUGCUGUCUGAGCAUCACAAUCACGUUACCAUAUCAAGCUGAAAAUGUCACCACUAUCUGGACAGUUGGACAUGUUUUAUUGGGAAUAUGUUUUUUCUCUGUAAAUGUGUUAUAAAUGCAUUGGUUGGCUGUCUUCAGUAAUAAAUGUGAGAUUUUUCAAAACAAAAGUCAAAUGA